AUGCGGGAUCUUACUGCCCUUAUAGCGCAGAUGUUCACCACGCCGGAUCUGUGGGAUGUCAAAUUUCACCCAGACCGUCUGUCUUUCCUGAUGUCAGAUCUUUUGUCUUCCACAUCCAAAGAAACUGCCAGACAUCAUUUAUCAAGGAUGUCAGUCAGAUUCAUCAACAGCUUAGAACCCAGAAACCAAACAAGUAUUUCACAAUUCUUUCUCAUGGAAAUGACAGAGGAUCCAGAAUUGCAGCCCCUCGUCUUCAUCCUAUUUCUCACCGUAUACCUGGUCACUGUCCUAGGAAAUGUACUCAUUGUCCUAGCUGUAUGCUUUAACUCCAACUUGCAUAACCCCAUGUACUUCUUUCUGUCUAAUCUGUCCUUUAAUGACGUCUGCUUAAGCACAACCACCGUCCCUAAGAUGCUGGUGAACAUUCUGACAAAAGAUCAUAGCAUCAGUUAUAAAGGCUGUCUUAACCAGAUUUUCUUUGUCAUGACUUUUGCUCCUUUUGAAAAUUUUAUCCUUGCAGUAAUGGCCUAUGACCGUUAUGUGGCCAUUUGUCACCCAUUGAGAUAUACUGUCAUCAUGAAUUCGUACUUCUGUGGUCUGAUAAUUCUACUUUCAUUGUUCAUUAGUAUGGUGACUGCCCUACCUCACAGUCUUAUGGUGUUGCAUCUGUCCUUUUGCACAAACUUGGAAAUCCCUCAAUUCUUCUGUGAACUUACUCAGGUCCUUAAGCUCGCCUGUUCAAGUACUCUCAUCAACAAUAUCCUGAUAUACCUUGAGGCUUUCUUAGUUGCUGGUGUUCCUCUUUCUGGGAUCAUAUUCUCUUAUAUUCGGAUUGUCUCCUCUGUUUCAAAAGUGUCAUCAGCAUUCGGAAAGUAUAAAGCUUUUUCCACCUGUGGGUCUCACCUCUCAGUUGUGUCUUUAUUCUAUGGGUCAGCUUUUGUUGUGUACCUCAGUUCUCCAUUUACACAUUCUCCCAAGAAGACAGCUUUAGCUUCUGUGAUGUAUCUUGUAUUCCCUCAAAUGAUGAAUCCUUUUAUCUACAGCCUGAGGAAUAGGGACAUAAAGACAAGCUUUAGGAAAGUCCUUGGUAGAAUAUUUUAA